AUGCAAUUACCGCAACAGAAAAGAAAANCGAUUGUUGAUGUCAAUGGAGAUCAAAAUGGUGAUCUCAUCGUUGCAAAUUAUGGAUCGAAAAGUGUGAGUGUUCUUUUGAACAAAGGAAAUGGAACAUUUGCCAGUCAAAAAAGCUUCUCCACGGGCUACAAAUUAUAUUCGAUAGCGGCAAUUGAUGUGAACGAUGAUCAUCGACCUGAUCUCGUUAUUCCGAACUUUGAUGGUGAAAGUGUGAGUAUCUUUGUAAACACAAACAAUGGUUUGUUUAUGUUGCAAUCAACAUAUUCAUGUGGUCAACAUCCGAUGUCAUUGAUUGCAAUAGAUAUCAAUAGUGAUGAGAAAGAAGAUCUUAUUGUGACAAAUUAUGCAGGAAGCACUGUGAGUAUUCUGUUGAAUAAUGGAAAAGGAAGCUUUGGAAAUGCAAAGAGUUAUGAAACAGGAUAUUUGCCGAGAUCAUUAGCUGUGGCAGACGUUAACAAUGAUCAACGGCCGGAUAUUAUUGUUGCGAAUUACGGCGGACAAAAUGUCAGUGUUCUUCUCGCUUAUUGUUAA